AUGGACAUGGUGUCUCAUUGUGUUUUCAGUGAUGAUAAACCUACCAAAAGUAAGACGAGUUUUAAUAUAUACUGGUUAUAUUGUGUAUUAAUCUUUUGCGUGAUUGUUUUGGUAGUUUUCCAAUAUUCUUAAUACUGACUCUCCCAACGAAGUGUCUUUGAUUUUACACCGAGAAAUGUUGCUAUCUUUCCUAAUCCUAGGCGGCGGGAAAUUGGGAAUUACUAUCAAGAGUUGUUUAUGUAUUGAUAUAUUUUCCUAUUUUAAACUUUUCAUAGUUUGGGUUAGCGGUGAAAUAUACGGUAAAAAAAAUCACUAAUAUUUGGUAUUGCUUUGACUUUUCAAUUAAUCUUAGGAUAUUUUUAAGAAGCGGGUGGAAAAGAGAACGAUAUAGUAUAGCUAUACUUAAAGAAACGAGAGAUUUCUUCCGUGCGUGACUUGAAUUCCCAUCAUUUAGCUUUUUAGGAUAUAACAAGCCGCUUUGAUUUGUUGAAUUACCGAGCGAAGCAAGUAGACCAGUGCGAUAUUUUAGAUAUUUUAUCUCUCCAGAAACAGGUGGCUACAGCAUAACCCUUCCCCCAAAUGUGCGUCUCUAAUCAAAUGCUGUAAAACCGUUGCUAUAAAGUUUGGCGAAAACCGUCAUACCUUCUAGCCACGACAGUAAACCAAUAAAGUGUGCCGCAAACUUAUAUGCUUCAUUUUUAUGUGCCUAUAUUCCAUCAACCGGUGUAUUUUAUCCCUCUAGAUACAGUUCAGGUAUCACACAUGAAACUACAGCACCCUUAUCUUGCGAUAUUAGAUAGUGAAAACACUCUUCUCAAAUAUGCCACUAAGAUGAAAUCAUAAUCUGACAACUGGUCAUAGAACACAUGCAUUACUUUAGUAUAUCACUGUAUUAUCCUAUUUCAUCUGAUAUUUUUAUUCAUUAAUUUUACUUACCAUGACAAUUUGUCGUUACAGGAUUCUGCAGAAUCAGUGUCACAGGAGUCAGGUACGCAAAUCUAAAUGAGAAAAAUACUGGUUGUCAGUACUGAGUACUUGCUGGUCACCCGACUUUAGAUACUUCUGUAGACACCCAUGGGUGGGUUUGCCUAACAAUUUGCCCAGUCUAGGUUUGCCCAGCAUAGACCUGGAAAAAUUCACUCAAAUACAAAACAGUCGCUGGUUGACUAAAUUUCAACAAUUUCACUCUAUUUGCGCCUUCUAGAUCCUUACUACACAAAUACCAAAUACUACUGGUCAUUUGACGGACAACACGACCAGCACAGACAACAAUAUGUCUGGGGGGUGUUGGAGCAAGGCAUCAAGCUGUCUAGUUACAUCAAUACUUCAGUCCCAUGGCUAGACCUCGGGUCGGUCGAUUCCUCGUGCAUUCCAAAACCUUUUGAAUGUGAACAUGGGUUUACCAUACUAUUCUGGAUACGAAUCGAUGGUACACAAACUAACACAGUGCUCUUAAAUGCUGCAGAGCAAAGAGAGGCUAGAGGGUUUCAUUUAAAAAUCAACGAAGGCCAACUGCGUUUUUCUGCAACUGGUUUUGAAUGGGAUGACCUUUUUCCAAGAACAGUGCAAAGGUUUUUAGAUACAAAGUGGAAUUUUAAGACCUGGACUCAUCUUGGUUUACAGUGGAAUUCGGAAGUUAAAGAAUUAAAAAUAUUCUUCAAUUGUUCCGAAGCAGAUUAUGUAUCGGGCGGCGUCUCGUUCGACCGCACUGCGCAUGUGUUUGCGCCGCCGCAACGUUUGAUCGUGGGCGCGGAUAAUGAACUGACCAAUAGCGGUGAGGUUGAGAUUGAUGAACUGGGGAUCUGGGACGGCAUCCUGACAAGGGAGGAAAUAUGUCACGUGUUUCACGCGCGACGUGGUAAGAUAUGA